AAGUGAUGCCCCGUUGCAUACAAAAAUGAUGCAGAUGAGCAUGUUACUGUAACAAAGCAAGUAUGAACGAAAAAAGACAGAUAAAAUCUACCUGUUAACCAUUUGUGUAGACAAACGAAAAAGCACACACAAGCUACCCGUUUAUGCUAGGCAAUAACAGUAUCAUUUCUUCUAGCUGUACGACAAAUAUUAUUACAUGAUUUCGUAACUCUCUUACGCAAACGUUGACUUGAGCGUCAUGAUCGACAGUUCGACCAACACCGUAACUAACCCUGGCUUAUACAAUUCAAACGCCAGCGUUUGCCCACCUGUCAGUCGUAGCUUAGUAGCAGUAGCACCACUGAUCUUCGCAGUAGUGAUCAAUCGACGGUCGCAAAAUGACAUUGUUGAUUGGGUGGUAGGUACCCUUUACGCAUUUGUUUGCCGCGCUUUUCAUUUAUCUUCAAUCGCACAUCUGCAUAGCCAUAAUGACAAGUUCACACAUAGAUCUUUAAAACCCGCCAGUCAUUCUGUAUCGCCCUUACGGUUACCCGCAUACACGUAUUCGUCGUAGUGAGCAGACGCACAACGCAUCACAAACAACGAGCGUAGCCAGCUGUUCCGAUCAUUGUUACGGCCAGCUGAUAUCACACGGAUCUCUCAGUUAUUUUACACUUGUGUGGCAAUAGUUUAAGAAUCUAGAUCUAUUUGGCUAUCAUGCAGUACACGCUCACUCGAAUGGUCAUAUGGAACAAAUAAAAAACAAAAUGCACAAUGCCAAUUCGCUACUAUAAACUAACUAUGUUUAUGUAGCAUCUUAUGGAAAUAUAUUUCCCUUUUAUGCCAGACGUUGUAUGUUGUUCCUUCGCUCAGUUGGCUAUACUUUUUCUGACUCCGGAUCAACAUCGAUGGUGGCGUUAACACUAUCCAUCGUUAGUAGCUUCUCGUUUUUGCCGAAAGAAUUACUAACGAUAAACCAUUUUUGACGCCAUUGCGUUAUGUAGCCAUUGGUACGAUCAUUGUACAGUGAGCACGUUGAGGUAAUUGAAACAGACGAAGGUAAGGGGCAGGGAGGUUCGUGAUGAAUAUUUCGGCACCGCCUGUGGGCGUAGGUCGAAUUAGCCAGCUUUCAAUGGUCGCUCUAUGUCGCUGCCUAUACGGUCUCUUGGUAGCGAAAACGAUGGUCGGCAAAUCAGCGGAGGCCACUACUAUACCGGUAAUAGCUAUCUUCCUUUUAUUCAAUGCAGCUUUCAGUCAGUCACAGGCCUUUUCUAUAUAUUAUUAUUAUUAUUAUUAUUAUUUAAUUUACCCUCACGCACGCUUUACGUCAAUACUCUUCCACAAUGCGCCCUUGAGCGUCUUCAGACUGCGCCGUUAAUGUUGGUAAGGGUAAAGCAUCAUCAUCCCUGACAACAAGUAUUAUCGCCCCAGCAGCGUAGUUGAUAUUGGUUUUUUGUAGCUCGUGGCAUCAGUCGCUGAUCUGCUGACUCUGCUGUUAAUGCUACUGUCACUGGCAAACGUUGUCUUGGAGGCAUCCCUGGAAAGCGGGGGCUCAUGCCAAGUAAACUGGUAAUCAAGCAAGUUGGCGGCUUAGUACGCGUACGCCGCGCGACACCCCAAUGAAGCAGAUCGCUGCGUUCCGGAUGCUCCGCUAAACAACUGCUUCGCCGACAAGCACAUCAUGUAGAUAAGGAUUCAACUAUUAAAGCUGCCAGUUGUUAAAUCGUCGUUCGCGACUAUCGUGCUGGCGGGAACUUAUCGUUCUUGCCGUGGCUGUUUUAAUCACUGCGGCUGCAGAGCCAGUAUCGGUGAUUCUCUCCUGCUACACCCUCUGUAUCGUCAUAGUAAACGAAACUCAAUGGAAUAGAAAAUCAAGCAGAGCGAUGCUGUACCGGUUCGGCUGUGUUACCAGCGCUAAAUCUGUCUUCUGCUAUUUCAUUGACUCUAUAUUCUUCUAGACUAAUAGGUAGCUUAGCUCUCCCGCUUUCCCCGCCUACCCGGCGCCCCCAGCCAGUCCGACCGUAUAGUCGUCAUCACGCUGGUUAUGCUGACGACUCUGCCAAAACGAAGAAGAGCAAAUCCAUAACAACAACAACAACAGCAGUUGCUACUACCUCCAACUUCCCUGGGAUUUCGCUACACUAUAGCCGUUACCGCCGGCGCAAGUGCAUUCGCAGCCGCCGUUCCCGUUAUCAACCGACCAUAGAUAGAAGGCACCAGUUUUGGUACCUGAAAAAGCAAGCAGACAGGCAAAUAAGUCUUUAGCAUUGACAGGUGUAUGUUAUUGUAACAAUGUUACAAGAGAGGCCGGCUCGUGUGUGAACACAACCGUUUGAUUUUAAAUGACACAGAGAAGCUAGCCGGAAGAAGCGUAUGCAUACAGAAGAAACAGAGGCUCAGCAAGCACCUUAUGUUGCUAUAAUCGACAUUUAUAGUUCGUGGGCCGAAGUACAAUUCUCGACAAUGUGAACUUACGCGUGUGCUUUUACAUUCGUUUACACUGCCGUGUAACAAAUGUAGAUGAUUGGAUGUGUAUAGAAAUCUGGUGGUUGGUGUAGAUGGUGGAACGAUCUCCUGAGUUUGUUUGACUUCGUUAUUGUGGCAUAUUUCUGUGUAGAGCGACAGUUUAUCAAACAGGAACGGCUUUAGAGGAAUGUGCUAGAGUGCAUGCUCAAAGGGUGUGAUUAUAUGAGAAUGAAUUUCCUGUGUCAUCUUUGAUGGAUGAUGCACUUAAGCUUUUCACGAAUGACAAUGGUGAUCGACCCGAUGUCCUCAUCGUUGUCAUCAACGAGAGAGGACUGAACAGUUUUCUCUAGUAUUUGUAACAGUGUCUGAAGGCAACGAUGACUCAGUCGUUACUAACGAUAUUGGCAGCGAUAGCUUUGGCCGAGAGGGCACUAGCUCGUCAACCAACUUUGGUCACCGUAACCGGUCAAAUACUCGGUACUGAGGAAAUCAUCAAUGGAAAGACGAUACACUCGUAUCAGGGUGUGCCAUACGCUGAACCGCCAACGGGUCAGCGACGUUUUAUGAAGCCCAUUCCGCUCAUGCCGAUGCCGGGCACGUUCAAUGCAACAAAAUCUCCGCCUUUGUGUAUGAGGCCGAGUCAGACUGAGGUCGAAAUGAGUGAAGACUGCCUGUAUCUCAAUAUGUGGAUACCCAGCUCGUCCGAUGAACCGUUUCAGUUGAGGAGUGCUCGCAGGAUGAAUCUCUCAAUUGUAGUUUAUGUACCAAGCUACGAACAAACCAUUACACCGGAUGGUGCUGAAUUUGCUGCCAGUAGCAAUGUGGUAUUUGUAUCGAUCAACUACCGCGUGGGAGCAUUAGGAUUUCUGUUUUCAGGCAGCCCCGAAGCCCCUGGCAAUGUGGGUCUAUACGACAUUCUCGAAGCUCUUCGCUGGAUGAAACUCAACUCAAGACUGUUUGGCGGUAAUCCUGAAGAUAUCACAUUGUGGGGCCGGGGCGAAGGGGCAGCCGUGGCAGCCAUCCUCAUGACUUCUCCUAUUACGGCCGACCUUUUGCAGAAGGUGAUUUUUGAGAGCGGAAGCAUUCAUACGAGUUGCAACUCAUUUAGAAAGAACUCCGAAGCCGUCACAAUGCGUUUGUUGGUCAACGCUGGUUGUUAUAAUUAUUCGAUGCCGUGGGAAGCGCAAAGGAAACGUGCGAUUCGCUGCCUGAAAGUGGUUCACCCGGAAGUUAUUAUUGGUUCGCAAGCUUUUGAGCUCGAAUCGUUUCAGCCUGUCGUUGGAGAUUCGCUUAUUCCGGCGGAACCUUUCCAAGGUUCCCACCAGCACUUCGCAAAUCCCUUCAGCCUGCUGGUCCUCAUGAAGGAUGACGAGUCUCAGCCAACCUUCAAUCAACUGCUGCGCUUACAGCCAGGUUCAGUUGAUACAACGUCAGAUUGCAAGCACGUAUUCAAGAACUUUUUACGAACAUCGUUGAAUAUUCCCUUCGGCAUUACGGUCAAAGUUUUAGGGGAAUACCAGCUCGUGUUUUCAUCGACAAUGGACGUAUGCCGAGAAGCCUUUACCGACGCCUAUUUCUUUUGCCCCAUCAAAUUGUUCUCGGACGUGCUGUCUACGACGCAGGGAUCGGAAGUAUUUUUUGCUAAGCGUUCGGCUCUCGACGAGCUUCAUUUGGACAAUGAUGUAGACAAGAAGUUGCUGAUAUCACUCGGCCAGUUUGUUCGAUCUGGUACGCCGAAAGUUCCCGGUAAAUCUGAAGACUGGCCGCUUUACACACCUGACUCCCCUAAGAUCGUCUACCUUCAGCCAGGUAACGUAACCGUGGCCUCUUUGGAAAAAACCGAAAGGUGUCGUCUUUGGGAGCCUUUUAUUAUUAACAGCGUGAAGAAUACAGAACAGACAAAUGUCGUUGUGGCUCCGGGAGAAGACAAAGCAACGACGACGGCCUGUAUCAACGUUACGUAUCCUGAAGCUAGCAACGUAGCGAAUUCGAGGAUUAACGUCGUCUCUGCGACGACGAUAAGAGCGCCGACUACUACUACAGCCGUGAAGCGAGAAGAAAACACUAUUCGAGACAGUAGCGAGGGUAAAUCGCUCGCUCAAAGGAACGAGGCCAACGCCCAAUUACGAGAUUCCGCCACCACGCUACAACUCUUCACUCUGUUGGCUAUAAUUUAUACCUCAAAGCAUUAGAGAAUACAGCCAACAUGUUCUUAAUCGGCGAAAUAUCAGAUUAAGGUUAAACAGCACCAGUGACCAUUCAAAUGCGCGGGAUUUAGAAAGAAUUUCCAAUGCAAGAAAUACAUUCACUAUUGGUAUUUACCGGCUUUAGCAAACAUUUUCGAUAAAAUUCAAUGAUCAAGUGCAUUUAUAAUACGAGGCAGGAAAUGCUCUGAUUUUAAUAAUAGACUUCUUACAAUCUACUUGCAGACCCACAACAGUGACCUUCAAGCAUAUCUUACGAUUUUGUUAUUGAUUUAUAUAUUAUAAAUGAGCAUGAGUUAUCUCCGAAAAAAAUGUGAAGCAAACGGUCACCGAGUACAGUUAAUAGUUUGUGUUUAUCGUUAAGUUCGCAGAUUUAUCUAGAGAAAAAUUUAGGCUAGGUACGGGUGGUCGAUUAUGCACUCAAGCUACUUUUUAAACCUGUGUUAAAGACGAACAAAGGUUCGAGCACUCAAACUCAAACGGUCAAAAAUAUACUGUAGCGUCGCAACACCCGAAAAUUACUAAGAAUUUCAACCAGUAAUGAAUAAUAAAUACAGGGUGAGCGAAGAUAAAGUUAUUUUUGUUUGAUAUUAUAUGUUAGAUUACAUAAGGUGUUCAGUUUCUAACACAGCUUUUGAGGACAACGAGUAUAUACAUAUAUUAGUUGUACCUCAAAAGCUGUGUUAUAUUAAACAUCUGCGUUUAGCGAUUUACAAGUAUCGACAACUGUGCGCUAGGAUGUAGGCAUUGGUACGGAUCUAAUUGUUGCAUUAAAUAGGCGUUUCAAGCUUUACAUCCGAUGCUAUCCUAAAGGACGGCCUCAAACGGCUGGUUCCUUUCAGUAAUCGAAAAGCCUCUACCUAAAGCACCUGUAUGUCUUCAACUUUAAUAAACAAAAACGUUACCGCUACACAAUCACGAACAUUUUAGUUGUAUCACGAUAGCUGAAAAAAUAAUUGUUUAGGCCCAGGCUAUUUUGGGUCGAUGCUGAGAACUCUAGAGAUGCUCCUGAACUUUUUUCGGUUCUUUCGGGUAAUUCUUUUUAAAAUUUGACGGACUUAUUCUGCUAGCAUCGUCUAUUACGGUGAAGCUCCGGUAGUCGAAAAUCUUGAAUUGGGAUGCUGAUUAAUUAAGGAAAUGAAGCUUAUUUAACAAACAAUUCGGAAUCUGGAGGCUUGUUUUGCUUGGAGCAAAGGCUAUACCAAUUUACAAGAAACUUUUAUCACACAUUUGAACGGAAAGUAAAACGCCGCGAUACUUAUGCUAAUAUCAUACUACACGAAAUAGAUGAUUCCAAGAACUUUUUUUUCAUUAAAUAAACAGCUAAAAACUGCAUAAUAGAAAGAAUUUCAUAUAUGCGAUAUAAGCCUGUGACUCUAAAAUAAUCCAGACAUGGGAAAGAAAACUCGAUCGCUAGUACAAGCUAAAUAACUAAUGGGAGCAGACAGAUUAAAAGUUGAAUAAUCGGAGAUAAUUAGUUAAAGAUAUCAUAAUACAUCACCAGUCACAAAAAGGAUCACACGUAUCUAAUUAUUUAACUGUACUAAUUGAGUCAUACGGUCAAUACAAUCGUAGCAAAGUUAUAGAAAAAGCACGGUAAAA